UACUUUCCCCUGAUUCAAUUUCGACAACUCCAGCUUCGACUGUAAAGGCUGUAUAAAGUAAAAACAUGGCAGCGACCAAUCCAGUUAACUUUAACUUGCUAGCCUCAGCCAGAAUUAUAAGCUUCGUUUGCGAUUUACGGUCGGCAUUUGGUAGCGUUUAUGUGAUUCUUCUAUCUUUAUACAAAUGGUAUACAAAUGGGGCUUAGUCCAGUCGAAUUGUUUAUAUAUUGUUAGCUCGAUAUGUCUAUCGCUGGUUAAUGCUACUUAAGUUGGCUAGCUAGCUAGAUAGCCAAACGUCUUCUUACUUUGGGGAGACUUAACAUUCUGUGUUCAAACGGCUGUCUUGCUUUUGGAAAGUAAUAGUAAUCGAAUUUGUGAGAGUACGAUUUGUUUGUUUUUUCCACACUUUUCCCUUGGUAGCAAGUCUAGCUAACUAUUCUCAGAGUUAGCUUGCUAGCAUGCUGUAAGUAACAAGCUAAAUAACGAUAGCUAACGUUAGCCGUGUUCUUAUGAUCUAACGUUACUACCUAGCUAGUUUACUACUUACCAAAUAGGUGUGCUAACAUGCCAUAUAAUACGCUAUAUAGACUGGUAGUAACAGUAUAUUUUAGAAAGCUCUAUGAAAAGCCGAUAUAGCCAGCUAAAUUUGAAACUGUCAAACGUGUAGCUAGCAAUAGCGUAUGUGAUACAUGUUUCAGUUUUAUUGUAUCUACAUAACGUAUAAUGGGAAUCUAGCCACAUGGCACGUAUAAAGGCUGUUUGUACUUUUCAAUUAUAAAGAGAGAGAACUUGGUAAAUUUGCAAGUAAAGCGAUCACAAAAUUUUUUUUGUCGUUGAACCGAGCCGACGUUGCUGAACGUACAGAACAUGGGCCUGAUAUAUUUCGUAUUCUGUGCCUUUGGGAAGUUAUUGGACAUAUUAUGCUUCGUGCUGGAUUUGAACUUUUGGGUGGUAAACUCGGCGAUACGGAUGUUGACCGGUGUAGUCUCCUUCCUGCACAGCCUGCCCUCGCUGCUGUCCAGCUCCGCCGUGGAGUGCUGGAACCUUGUUUUGGUUUGCGUCCUCACGGCCGCUGAAGGGCUCGCGAGCGCAGCCCAGGGCUCUUUCCACGCGCUGGGAAACGGACUGCAGGCUCUGAGCGGGGUGUCUGAGAGCUUCAAGAUGGCUGGCCACCUGUCCUCGCACGUGCUGCUGCGCACCAAGGAGCUGGUGCACCGCGGACUGCUGUCAGGGCACUCGGUGCUACGGCAAGCAUGCGAGGGCUGCGGCAUCGCGCUCAGCCUGGCUAUCUACUUCGUCAACACCGUUGUCAACAUGCUACUUAUCAGCACACAGAACUGCCUUGCAGCAGUGGCCAGCAUGUGGGAUGUAGUGUCUGGCCCGCUGCAGAAAGCAUUGGAGCUGGCCCUCACCAUUCUCACCUUCAUGUACAGCAGCCUGGUGGCCGUCUCCGUGCUGCUCUGGACCCCUUUCAAGCAGGCCCUGGAGUUUUUGGGCUCGCUCGGACACGUCUUCGUCACCGUCUUCCUCCUCAACGUGUAUGGCCUGGUGCUGACCCUGGCCGUGGUCCUCGCCGUCACGGCGAUCUACCUGAACCCGCGGCUGUCCCGGCGUGCGGUGCAAGGCGCCCUACGCUACAUCAGCACUGUCCCCACCCUGCACCGGCUGCAGAGGGCGCUGUACCGCCUGUACCUGCUGGCUCUGGAGCGCGCUCAGACGGUCCUGGAGAUGGGGGUGUGGCAGCGGGCGCCGUGGCAGGGCAGCCAGACGGGGCAGGACGGCGGGGGGGCGGCAGGGGGCAGGGAAGGGGGCGGCGGACGGCCAGAGGGUGACCCGAGGCUGAGACCCCCGGGCAGCCCGGCUUCUCGCGCCCGGCACGCCCCGGAUCAGGGUGAUGUCUCACCGGCCCGGCAGCCCCUGCCGGGCACCACGCCGGAAGAUGACAGCCUGGACCCCACCCAGCCGCGCUCAAGUGCGGACAGGCCCCUGCAGAGGCAGCACCCCCCCACGGACAGCCUGCUGACCCUGCUCAAGGAGCACGAGGAGCGGAAGAAGUGCGUCAUCUGCCAGGACAGCGCCAAGACGGUCCUGCUGCUGCCCUGCCGGCACCUCUGCCUGUGCCGCGACUGCACCGACAUCCUGAUGCGCCAGCCCCUGCACCAGCACAGCUGCCCCCUCUGCCGGCAGCCCAUCGGCCACAUCAUGGACGUCUACCUCUGAGGCGGCGGGCCGGAGCGCUGAGAGGGCCAAUCUCAGGUUAACAGGGCCUGUUUCCACCAAUGGGCGAUUGUCAUGGGGUUUUUUUUAAAAAAGAAAAAUUGCUCUCCUUUUAGAGUGAGUGAUGUUUUCCCCACAUCCCGCUCCGCCAGUGCUGUUACCGGGCAGAUUUCCCCCUGCUACACGAUCGCCCGCCUUGGUCUGAGUUCUGGGGUGGAAACCUGGGAGCGCGGGUCACGGAUCGACCCACAGGACACGCUUGCUGUAUACGCAGUUCUGGUGUAGAUGUGCAGUGUGGAAACCACGGUCAUCACUGUCGAUCCGUCACGGGAGAGCUGGGGUUGGAAGCGGUCGCCCCUGCGUCUCCCUCACACUGGUACCCAUGUGACUGUUACAGUCCAGGUCUGUGCCGUUAGCUUACAAGCCUCCUCUUGCCUGUCCCACAUCCAAACACGGCAUGAGCUUAAGGUGUUAAUCAGACAAGCUCCAGCUUGCUUGGUGUGGUGGUCCCAGUGCUGCUGCUUCUUCGCACCUUGCUGUAUUUUGAUAUCCCUUAUGGAGCAGCUCGUCUGAUUGUUUUGUACAUUGGCCAAAGCUUUACAUCACUCAUUAGCAGACGUCCAAAUAAUUAUUUUUCCUGCUUUGAAGCAAAAUAAUUAUAUUAAAGGCUGCCAGAGAAAGAAGUUCAAUGCAGCACAUUUGCCAAAAUGCGGCAUCUGACUAAAACGUAGGCUUGUUUAUGUCUAAUAAACAAAACAACUAGAGCUUGGCUGUGCCUCUACUACGUCUGAUUUAGCGGGAAUGAAAUCCGGUGAUGACAGGGCUUCUCAUGAGGACAUUUGUUGUUCCAUAGACCCAGUGUGUGGGGCUUUUUUCACUGUUAACUGACCACCUGCGUCUCUUCACCAGUUCAGGAGGUUAUAGUUUUACAGUUGUUUCCUGAUGAAAGGGAAGUUGUUAAUUAUUUUGUAAGAUAUCUUAAAUAUGCAGCCCCUCCUUCUCUAGAUAAAAUGUGUCCAAUCUAUGAUUUUGUUUUUCUGGCACCCAAAAAGGGUCUUUUGUGUGGCUGAAGUGGUUUAUAAUUGAUUCACAGCUUAUUUCAACAUUCCAAGCUCUGUGCCAACUUGACCUAAUGCGCCCAAUGUUGAGUAUAAUGUUUCUUUCACUGUGGGUCAGUUUUAGGUUUGCUUGUGGACAGCGUAAAGGACCAACAAGAAAUCCAAAUCUGGCCACCCAAAUGACUCGAAAAUCCUUCAAGUCGCUUCUUAGUGUGGAUUGCUUUCUGACAAGCAACACUUGACUAAUUAAACACGUGACUAAUUAUUGGUCCAUUCUAAGGUACCAAUCUUUGCCUACCAUAGGCUGCUGUCUUAAUGGUCAGUGCUGAUUUAUUACAGCAUAACAAAUAUUGUGACAGAUCCAACAGUAUUAGGGCCCAUUUACAUGGCUGCUGUGUCUGUGUUUUUACUACGUUUGUGUUGUUUUUCGGUAACUCAUGAGUUUCGUGAUGGAAAGGGGAAAUUCACUCAGGAUGUAUGAAUUUAGUUCAGUUUAUGUUUGUUAAUGUACUUUAAAGAGGUUUGUCUCUAGAUUACAAGGUUAAAACAUGAACUAGCUGUAUAGGAGAAAUGUUGAGGAGGCAUUUAGACAUUCCUGAGUGAGGUCUGGUUGUCUGAUAAUGACAGUCUUAGGUGAUAAAAGAAGCACAUGCUGUUAUAACACUGGGUUCAGUUCCCUGGUUUUGGCAGGGGAUGCAAGUUUUGAGCAAAUAUGGGUCUUCUCUGAGCAGGAUCAUGCACACCAGUCUUUCCUACUGCGUUCAAAAACUUGACUACAUUUAAUGGGUUUAGUGUGGUCUUGCCUCCAUCUUUCACUGAAGAGCUUUGCUGCUUAUCCUCAACCUUGGUCUCUGGCACAUUUAUUCCUUUUUUUUGCUGCUUUUUUCUACUCGAAGGGAAGAAAUCUCAUUCUUUACCUUGUUGUGAUUCCUGAAGGUAAACUCUGCACUCUACUCUUUUUAAAAAAACAUUAAGCGUAUUGGUGAAAUUUGUAUUUUGUUUUCCGCUUGGAAGAAUGUGGAACUAUUGAAACUGCUCUGUUUCUGUAUUGGUCAUCCUAUUUUGCUUUUCAUUUUUUCAAUUUAAUUUUGCCGGCCAAUUUUUUGCCUAAUCUUAUUUGUACCUUUGCUUUCUGUAGCAAGCCAAAGAGUUGUCUUAUAUAUAAUUUGGUUUUUAUGUCAAAGUUGUCAUGUUCAUUUGUAGAGACAAGUCAUUUAAGCUUUUAUUACAGUGGGUUUUUGUUGUUGUUUUUUUGUGUUUUUUUUUUUUUUUUGAGGACCACAGUUGAUGGGGUAAUUCCUUUCUUAUAUUGGACCAAGCAAAAAGUCCAGUAGAGACCACACACUUGAAAAGAACAAAUUGAGAUCAAUUGCAAUCGUUUGUUCUUUUCAAGAGUGUGGUCUGCUGGACAUUUUGAUUGGUCCAAUAUAAGAAUUAUAAGAAAAAUAGCGGAAAGCUAUUGGUUCUCUUGGAUCUCAUAGGCUGUCACUUUAAUCUACCUGACACAGUAUUAAAUUUAUACAUAACCACUCUUGUCUAUCCAUUGUUACAUAUUGGAGAGCAGUGCACAUUUGUCUGAGAAGAAUAAAUUGUUCAAAUGAAUGUCACAGUUCACAUAUGCUAAUGUUCCAGGUUCUUGCAGUUUCCUUUAAUAACAGUGAAACAUUCCAAUAGUUUCAUAUGCACUGUAUGCUUGGUUUACAGUAUGUUUUUUAGACGCUACCAGAGAUACCAGAGUGUAUUUUGCCAACUAAGAUCAUUCUAACCCCCUUUGUAUUGUAGUUUAUUACUGCCUUUAUUUUACUAAACUGCUGCGAACCUUAGGCUGUGACAUGUUGUGUGAAGCAUUUCAUGUAUGUUUUAAGCACCACAGUGAGUUUGGACCUUUGAAUGUGACAGACUAACUUGCAAAACCGUGCAAUAAAUGUACUGGCUUCAAAGUGUC